AUGUCUAAAUAAGAGGGUGUCUAUGAGCAGCAAAAACAAGUUAGAAAAUACUAAAAGAUCAAUAAAGAAGAAAGGAGAGUGGUACUAGAAUUGCUUAUCAAAGACAAACUAUCCCUUUAAGAGGUAUCAAACUUGCAAAAAAUAUCAACAUCUCCUCCUAAUAUAUAUGAUAUUUUAAACAUUAUUUAAUAUAGGUAGCAAAUAAACUAAAACUAAAAUACUGUACAGUUCGCACAAUUCAAAAAACAUACGAAAAAGAUGGUCAAAAAGCUGAAGGUUUAGAAUAUCCUUAAAAUAUCGAUAGUAAAUCCAUUCACUUUUUAAUUAUCACAUCCUAUUGUAUCAUCUGAAGUUAGCUAAAUAUAUAUGGAUAAGCAACCUACAGAUGAAGACUAAGUAAUGUUGGCAAAAGAAUAACAUUGUCUACUUCAAUCCUAAUGCUAGAAACUCUAUCUCAUACUAACUUAAUAAUUCUAAAAAGCUGUUGAAAAUUCAAAUCCACUUUAUAAGACUACGCUCCAAAAUUUAUUGUAGGCAUCCCAAUUAGUAAUAAGGUAACUUCUAGAAGUUAAACAAUAAAUUAAUGUAAAACAAGAGCAUGAACCUCCUUCUCCAAAUCAAACUUAAUAUCCGUUUCCUAUCUAACAUAAUCUAUUUUAAUCCUAAUUCGGCUUUGUAUUACCAAGAAUCAACACUUGAUUACAUAAUGUUAAUGCUAUUAAAUAAAAUAAUUUAUUUUUU